AUGUACCAAUGCCUUUUCCCCAACCAUGAGGUGGAAUCGCUCGUCCUUUUGUCACGCGAGGAACUUUGUAGUCUCCUCGAGCAUCCGUCUCCUCAGUCGACCGAGCAGCUUCCAUCGCCGCCACUUCGCACUCCGAACAGCCAACUCUUUGAUCUUGAACAGAUUCCGGCACAGGAUGCAGAAUGGGACGAAGAGCGGCGGGAACGAGACCCUUUGCCUGCGGAAGCCGACGAUGUGAACGCAUUAUCGCUCACUCUCGACCGGCAAACAUCAUAUCUUGGCAUAUCGUCAGUCAGGGCGGCGAUGCUCGUCAUGGUUCAUAUCCAGCCACAGCUGCAUGCCUCCUUGGCAUUCCACCAAAGAAACAGCGCCAAACGGAAUAUAGAAGAACCAUUUAAGACUAACAACCCAGCAGAAGCCACGCAGGAGACGGCGCCUGUUCGCUGGACGUUGAAAGGCCAGGCUCUUGUCGAUGCUUACUUCAAGGGGUGCCACGUCUUCACCCCAAUGCUCGAUGAGGUCAGCUUUCGUGCAGACUAUCUCAACGCUAGGAGACAUGAUGCGCCAUGGCUCUCCUUGCUCAAUAUGGUUUUCGCCAUCGGAAGUAUAAUGGCCACCAAGUCAAGCGACAUGGAUCACUUCAAGUACUACGAGGAAGCGAUGAAGCACCUCAGCCUUGCUGCUCUGGGCAGCAGUUGUAUCGAGACGGUUCAGGCAUUGGCUCUUCUUGGCGGCCAUUACCUCCAUUACAUAAAUCGACCAAAUAUGGCCAAUGCUAUUCUCGGGGCCACGAUCAGAAUGGCCAGCGCCCUUGGUCUCCAUCGUGAACCGGCCAAUCAAGUUGUAAAUAACACAGCAGCUGAUGAGAUGCGAAGACGAACGUGGUGGUCUUUGUUCUGCUUAGAUACGUGGACUACUACGACGAUGGGACGGCCGUCGUUUGGACGUUGCGAUCCCUCCAUCGAUAUUCAGCCCCCUCAACUCCUUGCUGAACAAGAAGAGUACGACUCUGCACAGCACGCAGGAGUUAUGCCUUUGUUGGAAAACAUCAAGUUUUGCAAGAUCGCGACCAAGAUCCAAGAUAUGCUCGCAGUAGCAUCUCUCUGGGGCACGGAAAACCGUAAACAUAUGGAUGAUAUGCUAGUCGAGUGGUAUGAGAACCUCCCGGGCUUACUACACCGCACAGAGAAGUGCGCCGAACCUCUACAUCUCUCUAGAUGUAAUCUUAGAUGGAGGUACUGGAACCUCCGUAUGUUACUCUACCGCCCAGUGCUUCUUGCUGUGGCCAGCAGUGACAAGAAUGCGCCCCUUACCGCUGAAGAUGCCGAGGCAAUAGCGACUUGCCAAGAGUCGGCGAACAACAUAAUCCAGGAUAUCGCGAGUGGUUGGACCAGGCAUCAGAUGUCUGGGUGGAACGCUGUCUGGCUGCUAUAUCAAGCAUCAAUGAUCCCCUUGAUUAGCAUUCUGUGGCAGCCCAACAGCCCAUCUGUUACGGAGUGGCAAUAUCAGGUCACCAUGAUUUUGGAGCUAUUUGAAGAGAUGGAGGAAUGGUCGCUGGCAGCGCGACGUAGCAGAGACGUUGUUGGGCUGAUUUACGAAGCAAGCUGUCACUUUAUAGGCCAGAGUGAAGGGAGGACGGUGCUGGAACAGUUUGACGCGUCUGAGUUGACACAAGCAGACAUUUAUGCUUGGUCGGAUGGGCUCAAGUUGGAUUACAUAACAGAUAUACAAAAUCAAGACUGGCAAUGGGAUAUAAGCACACUUCUUGGGUCAUAG